CUCGCCAGGGUAGUGCAUGCUCUAGUUAUCUCGCUUGGACUACUGCAAUGCGCUCUACGUGGGGCUACCUUUGAAGGUGACCCGGAAACUACAAUUAAUCUAGAAUAAUCCAGAAUGCGGCAGCUAGACUGGUGACUGGGAGCAGCCGCCGAGACCACAUAACACCGGUCUUGAAAGACCUACAUUGGCUCCCAGUAUGUUUCCGAGCACAAUUCAAAGUGUUGGUGCUGACCUUUAAAGCCCCAAACAGCCUCAGUCCUGUAUACCUGAAGGAGCGUCUCCACCUCCAUCAUUCUGCCCGGACACUGAGGUCCAGUGCCAAGGGCCUUCUGGUGGUUCCCUCGUUGCAUAAGCCAAGUUACAGGGAAGCAGGCAGAGGGCCUUCUCGGUAGUGGCACCCACCCUGUGGAACGCCCUCUCACCAGAUGUCAAAGAGAAAAACAACUACCAGACUUUUAGAGGACAUCUGAAGGCAGCCCUGUUUAGGGAAGCUUUUAAUGUUUAAUAAAUUAUUGUAUUUUAAUAUUUCUGUUGGAAGUCUCCCAGAGUGGCUGGGGAAACCCAGCCAGAUGGGCGGGGUAUAAAUAAAUUAUUAUUAUUAUUAUUAUUAAUAAUAAUAAUAAUAAUAUGGAGUCCUCCUCCCAGCUCCAGGUAUUUUAUAUCAUCUGAAUUAAGGCUAGAGAUUUGUGCCAGAUUACGCAAGAGUUCACAGAGGAGGCUGCUAGCCACAAUGACUAUGCUCCCCCCCCCAAUGGCUAUGCUCUGCCUCCGCAGUUGGAGACAGAAAUGUUUUUGAAUACCAGUUGCUGGAAACCACGGGAAUGGAGAGGGCUCUUGUGCUCGGGUCCUGCUUGCGGAUUUCCUAAAAGAGGUGUCUGGUUGGCUGCUCUGAUAAAAGGAUGUUGGACUAGAUGGGCCUUUGGCUUGAUCCAGCUGCAGGGCUGUCCUUAGGUUCUGAAGAUGAAGGAGGGAAAGGACAGGGAAAGUACUGUAUAUUCCUGAGUAUAAGACUACUUUUUAACCCAGGAAAAUCUUCUCAAAAGUCGGGGGGUCGUCUUAUACGCCGGGUCCUAUUUCUUAUACAGCGAGUAUAUCCCAAACUCUAUAUUUUAACUGGAAAAGUUGGGGGUUGCCUUAUACGUCCAGUUGUCUUAUACGUCGGAAUAUAGUAACUUUCAGGACAGCGACGUUCUGGACAGCCAGAGAGGGCGAGAGAAGGGGAGACAGAGGAAAAUGAGGCAAUGGGAAGAUGCAGCAGAGUCAGCUGCCAUGGUGGCUUCUGUUACCAGCGGGCAAAUUAUUCGGACAACACUUUCCACUGCAAGAAAACCCAAGAUCCCCCAGGCCAACAAGAAAGGCAUUGGAAUUGGAUGGGUCAUCCUUUGGCCACUGCAAAGGAUUGAGGCUGGCUGCUAUCCAGAUCAAUACAAAGUACACUUAAGUCCCAGUGCGACAAGCGAGACUUAAGUGAGCUUAGCAGUGCUGGGUUGCAGCCUUUGUACAUGCUCUCAAGUGAAGGGCAGAGGAUGUCAAGUGGAGGUGCCAAGUUUGAGAGAGGCUUAAAUUGUGAGAUUUUAUGCAAAUCAUGUCAUAGGCGUUGAAUCCCCUUAACAGUUACACACACACACACACACACACUGCAAUCUUAAGCUUACUCAGAAAUCAACCCUGCUGAAUUCAAUGGGAUGUAAAUCCUAUUCAGGUGUUCAGGACGUGGACAUGGAUUAGACAAAUUCAGGGAGGUUAAGGUUAUCAGUGGCUACUAGCCAGGAUACCUGUGCUGUGUCUCCAUGGUCAGAGACAGGGUUAGACAAAUUCAUGGAAGAGAGGACUGUUGAUGGCUUCUAAGCUAUGAUGGCUACGCUCUGUCUUCUCUUCACAGCUGGAGGCAACAAUGCUUCUGAAUACCAGUUGCUGGAAACAGCAAGAAGGGAGAGUGUUCUUGUGCUCAGAGACUGCUUGCAAAUUCCCUAUCAGGUGUCCGGUGAGAACAGGGUGCUGGACUAGACCAUUGGCCUCAUCCAGCAAGCUCUUCUUAUGUUCUUACGCAAGCAUAAGUGUGCUCACGCCAUGCCCCAUCAAAAUCUUGUAAGCAAUUAAGUGGUUAAAUUACAGGAAGAGCUAUAUAAUGCCAUCUGAGCAAACAACCUGUAGUCACCUUCAAAUUAACAUGGUACUCAUUCAGUGUCACUCUUUGUGUCUUUUGUUUCUUCACUAAAAUUGCGUAUCAAAUUGUUUUGUUUAUUUUUGGAACUUUGUUGAGCCAUAAUUUGCCGCGAGUGAUGCAUCGAUGAGUUCAUGGCAUAACUUUUCAGAAACAACUAGAUCUGGUGAUUUGUAAGUUGGUGGCUUUGGAAUGCAGAGCCCAUAAACUUCCUUCUUCCUUUCCAGCCCCAAGUUAGGCACUGAUGAAACUGUCAUUUGCCACCUGGAGCUCCAAGUGCUUCCCUAAUCUUUUCAAGUUAAUCUUUUCUUAGAUUUAUAUCCUACCUUCUCCUCCAAUGAGCUCAAGGUGGCCAUGACUGGCCCAAGGUCACUCACUCAGUGAGCUUCAAAACUGGGUGGGGAUUCCAACCCUUGUCUCCCAGGUCCUAGUCUGACACUAUGCUGGCUGCACCUGUGGAACUGCAUACCCACUUCACUGUGACCAAGGGAGCUGAUUCUUGGAUCUGGUGUGGAUAAGCAUCUUCCAGGGAAACUCUCACACCUGUUAGCAACUGCUAGGUUAGAGUACUCUUAUCAAACCUCAUUCAGAAGAGGUAUGUAAAUUCCAAUUUAAACAGCAGGCUCCCGAUGCAGUUGCAGUGUCUAAGCCAAUGCCAAAAUAAAUAUUUGGAGAUAUGAUAGAUUUCUCAGUUCCGCUGUGCAGAUUUUUGAAUACCUUUUCAGUAUGCAAUUUUUAGAAUUCUUGGUCUCGCCUUGAUUUGUUUUAUUUUAUUUUGGCAACCUUCCAGUAUGAAAAUCUCAUAGGCUUUUAACCGUUAGAGCUUAAUGACCGAUUCGUGUUAUUUAUCAAAUGCUAUUAACUUCUCUGUUUAUGAUCAAAUGCUAUCUAAUGAUGUGGCAUAUACUGACAAUAGAUCCUGUCAUAGGGGAUGCGGGUGGCACUGUGGUCUAAACCACUGAGCCUAUUUGGCUACUGAUCGGAAGGUCGGUGGUUCGAAUCCCUGUGACGGGGUGAGCUCCCGUUGCUCUGAUCCAGCUCCUGCCAACCUAGCAGUUCGAAAGCACACCAGUGCAAGUAGAUAAAUAGGUAUCGCUGUGGUGGGAAGGUAAACGGUGUUUCUGUGCGCUCUGGUUUCCGUCACGUUGUUCUGCUGCACCAGAAGCGGUUUAGUCAUGCUGGCCACAUGACCCGGAAAGCUGACUGUGGACAAACGCCGGCUUCCUCGACCUGAAAGCGAGAUGAGUGCCAUAGCCCCAUAGUCGCUUUUGAUUGGACGUAACCAUCCAGGGGGGUCAUUUAGAUCCUGUCAACUUUAAUGUGCUGCAGACUUUAGGGAAUCAAUUGAAAGCUAAGCAGGGCUUCCUUAACGAGAAAAGCAGUUGAAAGUGUGCUUGAUCAUCACUGGUUAUUUUUUUUUCUAAAAUGUGCAACACGGCAUAUUGUGUCUAUUCCACUCUCCGUGAUGGUGAGACCCAGCACUGCCCCACAUCAACCAUAGUGUUUCAGAGUAGAGUGUUAUGCAGUUCGAUUUUUCCAGUAAAAAACCCCCUGAAAUACGAUGACCAGUGAUUUUAUAUGGAUGCAGAGUUGGGUAACACUUUUCACUCUUGCAAAAGUCAAGAGUGGAAAUCCAGUUCAGUUUUAGUCUGGAGGUGUCAACAAUAACUGUGAGGGUGUAUGACUCUACUGUUUUUCUGUCUGUCUGAUGUGAGCGGAGUACUCAUCAUAGGACAUUCCCCAGAAUCCUUUGCAACAUGUAGCAAGUGGAAAGUGGAAAGCAUUCCCAAAACCCACUAUUAUUAUGUAGCCACUAUCUAUGCUAUGAAAUUAUGUGUACCUUUGCAAGUAUCUGUAAAGUGCUAAAUACCACUGCAUGCUGAAUAUUCAGUUGUGGGUGUGGGAAUCAGAUGUCAUGUAUCCAAUAUUGAAAUCACAUAUCAUCAAGUGCUUAUCAAGGUUUUGGAGAACGCCUGCAGCAAGCCUAAGAACAUAAGUGGCCGCUAGAUCUGGCCAGAGGCCCAUCUGGUGCAGUAUCCUGUUGUCACAGUGACCAACCAAUCGGGGUGUGUGUGUAAAGAGCAGAAACUUUGUAAAGAGCAGAGCAUAGGAAGUGGGCUGAAUUCCUUUUCCAGUGCUGCAUAAGACUGGCACAUUCUACCCUUGAACAUGACGAGAAAUAUGCUCUUACUUUUGGGAAAUUACACCCCCUUUCACCCCGGCUUUCAAUAGCCUGGCCCUUGAGGGUAGACAGUUGAUUCAUUCUAGCUCAUGGUCAUCGAUCCCUGGUGGCUGCUUCAUCAAGGCCACUAGAAUUUUGCAGUCUUGAACAUGGACCGGUUGCUGUCAUGAAGAGCUUUUUUGCAUUCCAGAAGUAACUUCUAGGAUACAAGGAUGCUAGACUAAAGCUGCCUUGGGGCUCAUAACUGCUUGGCUGUUGACUUGCUUCCCACCAGCUCAACCUCUACAUUUGUAAAUAAACAGGUUUUACCGGUACUGGUUAAAGCCAAGAGGGUCUUGGUUCUUUCCGUUAAAGGUGAGUUUUACAAAUAUAAUUGGUUAUCAACAGCUGUGAGCUGCCCUGAGAUUUGCGGAUAAAGGGUGAUAUACAAAUUCAAUAAACAACAACAACAACAGUUCAGAACAUAGUUAAAACUGUAGAAUUCACUCCUGCAGGAGGCAGUGAUAACCACCAACUUAGAUGCCUUUAAAAGAGCAUUACACAAAUCCUGCUUGCAGGUAGAGGCAUCUGGCUGGCCAGUGUGAGAACAGGAUGCUGGAUUAGAUGGACCAUUGGCCUGAUCCAGCAGGGCUAGUCUUACGUUCUUAUGUGUGCACAUUGAAGUGCAUUGAAGCAUGUGUGUGCUAGAGGCAAAGUGAAACCCUUCUGCUGCUUAGAGAUUCUCCUUCUAGAUACCCUGAACCCUGAAGGGCCAUGCUAGCAACUCAUACUAAAAAGUGCUAAGACAUUCCCGCCAAAUGGAUCACCAGGGACAAAGCAGGGGGUGCAUUUAGAAGUGGAGAAUAUUGCAUUUGUUUUUCCUGAUUAUAAUGCUAGUUCUUCCACCCCGUUUUAUAGUGUUCCUUUCACACAACACCACCUGUUGCUUUAUGGGAUUGUGCCUUUUUGAUGGAUAUAGCAGAAUGUCGCAUUAAAUUUAAUUCACACAAUGUGAACGCAAAGUGACACAAUUGGACAACGUCGCUACACUCUUUCCGCACAUCCCUGCUUCUGUUCCCCCAUGAUAAUGGCAGGAAAGAACUGCAUGCUAGCAUGACCACUCCAAAUUUCGUCAGUUUACUCCUGCAAUUUUCUGGGUUCAGGGGACUGCAAAUGGAUUCUGUGUUCUUUAACACAGAAAUGAACACUAAACGUGCACUGUGUUCCUUUCGUUUUCUGGAAAUGGCUUUUGCAUUGUGUGAAGCCUCAACUAUAACACAAAAAUUAACAGUUAGGGGAAUAUAGUGGUACCUUGGUUCUCAAACGCCUUGGUACUCAAACAACUUGGAACCCAAAGACUGCAAACCCGGAAGUAAGUGUUCUGGUUUGAGAACUUUUUUUUGGAAGCGGAACGUGCUCUGUUUUGUGUGUUACGCUUCCAUUUGGAGUGUUACGCUGACAAUUUGAGUGUUAUGCUGAGGUCUGUCUGUUUUUGCUAAAAAAAUUUGCGUUUUUGUUUUGUUUUUGUGGAACCCAGUUCAGUUACUGAUUGACUGAUUGUGUGACUGCAGUACAUUGUUUAUUGCUUUCAUUUUAUGGAUUAGUGGUCUCGUUAGAUAGUAAUAUUCAUGUUAAAUUGCUGUUUUAGGGGUUGUUUUUAAAAGUCUGGAACGGAUUAAUCCAUUUUGCAUGACUUUCUAUGGGGAAGCGUGCCUUGGUUUUGGAACGGACUUCCGGAAUGGAUUAAGUUUGAGAAUCAAGGUACCAUUGUAGAAUAAACUUGCCAUGUGAAUGGUAGGGAGGGCGAUUUACCAGGGACACGAAACCCAAAAUACAAGCUAUGCCUGGGAAACAAGGACAGUUUGAGCUUGUUAAACGGAUAAUGUUGCCUGCUGCUCCCUUGACUUCUGUGGCUGUGGGUAGCUCCAGGGUUUGGGAUGGCAGCAUCCUGGCCUCCCUGUUUGCCCAGGCUUUCCUGUUUCACUCCUUGUCACAGUGACAGGGUGACAGCAGGGAACUGGGCCUGUUGUUCUGUUUACGGCCAUCGUUGCUGCAGCAACAGCCCUCGGAGCAAGAGACACAGCCCCAGCGAGAAGCUGGGUUUGCAACAGCAAGGAAAUAAGCAAUGUAUGAAACCCCAAAGCCUCUGUGGCUUCUCAUUGCAAGGCUGGGCACACCCUUUGCUCCGGGUGCAGCUUCCCCAGCCAGUAAAACCUUGGCGGCAGCGGCCGCCUCCUGGAGCAGGAGAAAACGGAGCAGGGACAAAGUCGGUUUUCGUGACUCACUGGAGGAAGUGAAGUGAGGGGCUUGUGGUGAUGGUGGCGGCUUCCCUUGACCCUUUUGUGUCCUCAUUGCACCCUCCUGGAUAAAUGUGCACACACCAGGUUAGGGCUUAGACCCCAACUCCCUGGCAUGUGUGCUGUUGUUUUUAAUAUGCAUGGAUUUUUCUGCAUACAGAGAAGUAGCAUCACAGCAUAAGAACAUGACCCGUCCGGUCCAACAUCCUGUUCUCACAGUGGCUGGCCAGAUUCCCCUGGGCCCAAGCACAAGAGCUCUCUAGCCCUAUGGCAUCCUGUGGCAACUGGUAUUCAGAAGCAUUGCUGCUUCUGACUGUGGGGGCAGGGCAGAGCCAUCCUGGCUAGUAGCCAUUGAUAGCCCUCUCGGCCAUGAAUUUGUCCCAUCCUCUUUUAAAGUCAGCCAGGGUGAUGGCCAUUGCUGCCUCCUGCAGGAGGUGGUUCCAUAGUUUAGCUAUAUGCUGCUGGAAGAAGUCCUUUCUUUGAUUUGCCUUGAAUCUACCUACAGUGUUGGAGGGGGGCAUUGUGAAUGACUCUUCUCCUGCAGGGCAGAGAGGGCAGGUCUGCCUGAUGCCAAAUGCAACAGAGGUGUGUGUGUGUGUUUGUGUUUGUGUGUGUGUGUUUGAUAUCGGUUGCCAGCCAUGCAACCAAUGGGCCAGUCUUUUGCUCUGACUAAGCUGGUGCAAUCUCAGACUCUGUCCACACAAAACUGCUGAGCAGACAGCAGGAGUUUGUUCCUGCUUCCUGCACAUCUCUGUGACUGUCAAAGGGCUCGUGAGAGUCGCCCUCCUAAAGGGCUGCUAGGACAUGCCUCAGGGUGCUACUGUUGUGUGCCAAAGGGGCACCUCUGAAAAGGGCCUCUCAGCUGGCUCGAUAGAAAAGUUUGCAGAGUGAUCUUCCUUUCAUUCUCUUUUUGGAAGUGACUUCCACUGACCUGCCGCCGCAGCUGCAAAUCCCAGUCCGUCACCGUGCGAUAACCGUGCAAACUUCUGGGCAGGGUAACUGUGCUGGAGGCAGGAUCAUAAAAAGCUGCAGCGUCAGCAAAAUGGGUGUGCUGGCAAAACUCCUGGCAUCCCCGAACAGCAUCACUGCGGUGCUUGGCAAAGAUGUGGUCCUCCCCUGUUCCUACCAGACCGCAGAGGGUGAGAAGGUGGUUCAGAUCACGUGGAUGAAGCGGCGGGAGGAUGGGACAGCCCAGGAGUUGGCGGUGCUGAACUGGCAACACGGGACCCACGUGCAGAAUGCCUAUUCAGGGCGAGUGCUGCGACAGUCCGAAGGAACCCUAGAAAACGGCUCCAUCCUACUGAAGAAUGCGGUGCAGGCCGACGAGGGGGCAUAUGAGUGCCACCUCAUUACCUUCCCUGGGGGCAAUUUUGAAUCCAGCCUUACCCUCAAGAUCCUAGUUCCCCCGCUGCCCACCUUGAACCUUGGCCCCCCGCUGGAGGAAGGGCAGGGCCGGACUCUGGCUGCCUCAUGCACUGCGGAAGGGAACCCCGUGCCCACGGUGACCUGGGAGACGGAAGUGCGCGGCUCGGACAGCAGCCGCGUGUCCUCGCACCCCCGCUCAGCCUCCGUCACCAGCGAGUUCUACGUGGUGCCCGGGCGGAGCAUGCAUGGCAAGGCCCUCACCUGCAUCGUCUCCCACCCGGGGCUGCAGCACAAGAAGAGGAUCACGCACACCCUCAACGUGGCAUAUCUGUCGGAUGCCUCAGUCCUCGGCCACGAAGAGGGGGAAGAUUGGGACGCAGGAAAGGAAGGGGCAUUCCUAAAGUGCCUCGGAGACGGGAACCCGCCGCCAACUUACAACUGGACACGGCUCAACAACCCCCUCCCCAGCGGAGUGAAAAUCAAGGGGGACACCCUGCUCUUCCAGAGACCCCUUAGCACUGAAGAUGGAGGCGUCUAUGUUUGCCAAGUGGCCAAUGGCUUUGCAACCAAGGAGGCUGAGACGACCAUCAGCAUAAAAGGCAACAGGGCCAAGCAGGUGGACGUGGUCUCCAUCUCCAUGAUUGGGGCAGGACUCAUCUCUGUAGUGCUGCUUGGCUUGCUGGUCCUGGUGGUUGUUCUCAUGACUUGCUACCACAAGAGGAAGACCAAACGCAUCACUGAGAAAUACGAAGAAGAACUGACCCUGACCCGGGAGAACUCCAUCCGGCGCCUCCACUCCAGCCACAGCACUGACACCCGGAAUCAGAUGGAAGAAAACCUUCCCUUGAGGUCAGAGAGCCGGCAGGGCAGCUUCCGUGGGGACAGCCUCUGCCGGGAGAGCCUGCGAGCUGACAGCCUCUGCCGGGAUAGCAGGCAGGGCAGCUUCCGGGCAGACAGCCUGCGUGAAACCAGCCUCUGCUCUGUCAUGAGCGAGGAGGCCGAGGGACGUAGCUACUCCACCUUGUCGACAGUGCGGGAGAUCGAGACGCAGACAGAGCUCCCCCCGCCACCCCCCACCCCUGUCCAGGACCAGAUGGAGAAGGAGAAAGAGGAGAAGGCGCAGGAGGAAGAGGAGCAGCGGGACAGCGAGAAAAACAUCAAGCAAGCCAUGACCCACUUUGUCCAAGAGAACGGCACCCUCCGGGCAAAGCCCACCUCCAACGGCAUCUACAUCAAUGGCCGGGGACACCUGGUGUGACCUUUGCCCUCUGCCACGGAGCCCCAGGACCCGACAGAGCACUGAACCCACUUACCAAUGGCCUGCCAGAGCCUCCCUUGGGCGAGGGAGCCAAGGCUGUCACCUCCUUCUGAGCCACCUGGCCGUCAUGCAACUGCCCUUGGAGAACUCCGCAGGCCUCACCACCCCGUUCUUCUUCCCUGGGAAUCCUGGCCAUGGUCUUCUCUUGCUCCGUCCACUCGAGGAGGGAAGCAACUCAUUCCCAGUGGGGUGGAUCAACAGCCAGUUCGGAAAUUGGGAAAGCUUCCCCCCUUUUCUUUUCUGACUUUGGCAGGACGGUGACAUUGCCUGGCCUGUGUUUUUGCAUCUUGUUUUUUUUUAAAAAAAAUGUUUCGAGGCCACACUUACAGGGCGAUUCUGAGGAUGCCACCCGGCAGCAGCGCAUUUAUUUUGGCUCAGGGACAGAACCGUGAAACUUUUGUGCCCCCCCCCUAAUUAUUGUUGUUAAUAUUAUUAUUAUUAUUAUUAUUAGUUGAACGUUUGUGGCCCCCUGCGGUUACGGACAGAAGCUACCCAAAGCCUUGCAGAGGCAAGCAAUAAAAUAGUUGUUUUUAUUUUAUAUAAUUAUUACCUUGAAGGGGAAAGGCUAGCUUCCCAAAGACUGAAUGUAGGCACAGAAACAAGGAAUCUCGGCGGGCCUCAGGGGAGCCCUGCGAAGGAGAUUCCCUGCUUGGGAGAUGCCUGUGGGCAGGAUUCCACCCUCCCCAGUCCUUGAUACGAGUCCUGCGGGGAGGGCACUGAGACACGCUUUUUCACCCAGCCCCAUCCAAAACGCAACUUGUGCAUGAAUGCAAAGGAUUCUGGCAGCUACCGCUCUGGUUUGGCAGAUGAAACGCCCAGCCAGCCCAAUACCGCUGAAAUUGUGUUGUCAGGAGGACUGAAGAGGGGUGGGUUGUGCCACCACUUCCAGUGGGACCACCCGGAGAUCAGUUUUCACUCGGGGAAACCCUCUGCCACUCGUGCAAGCUACGCAGACCAAAACUGGCUGUUUCUGAAGCAGUACUAGCCAGCACCGUGGAACGGGGAACAGUGAAAUGCCAGGACAUAUUUUGGGAUUUAUUCUUGCUUCCUGGGUGGUGAAGGGGGAAAGGGGGAUUGUGGGUCUCUUGCCCUUUGCAUAUCCGCAGUCAUAGAAGGUUGGAAGUUUUGUGCAAUGUAUCAUAUUCUCUCUCUCGUCCCCUCUCUUAAGUCCAUUUCACAUGUGCAUAUAACCCCUUGGCUAUUCGUCUCUCAAGGGGUCACAGCUGAACAAGUCAAUUGGUGCCUUUGAAAACCUUUUUUGCAUUGGAGCUAUUGUGUGUUUGUUUGGGGCAGGGGGAGCGAGGGGUGUCACAAAAUUUCCGUGGUGGAGAUUUAUGGCUGGGUCACCCCCCCCCAAAAAAAUCACCCACUGCUGAAGCCAUCAAACAAUGUGUCACAGAUGGCUGAGCUGGCCCCAAGGGGUGCAUGUCUGCACACGCAUGAAAGCACACGUGCUUCUCCGUGUUCCCCCACUGGGCAUCUGAUUAUCCCACAAGGACUCAAGCCAAAUGUUUUGAAGUGUCUCCUCAGGAAGAGGGUUGUGCUUGCUAGGACAUGAAGUUAGAUCUAGAUCUGAGAUGGCCCCGUUCGCACAUGCAAAUUGUCAGUGCCGCCACCAGAGCAUGGGGAUAAUAAUACUGUUCUGCCUUACCGGAUUGGUGUGAUACGAAAUGAUGCAUGUGAGGUUUUUUCUGAGCGCUCAAAUGGUAUCAUACACGUGCUAAGUUUAAUUAGGCGGUGAGGCUGUAGGAACCAACCCUUGGCCUUUCUGGCUCUAGCAGUUCCAACAUGUAGAACUGAAGAGUUGGAAGAGGUCCCAAGGGUCAUCUAGUCCAACCCCCUGCAAUGCAACAGUCGCAGCUCUGCCAUUUCCCAGUCUGUGCAAAAACGUACCAGGUCCUUGUUUGUGGUUUUUGUUUUUGCCCACGGGGACAGCCUCAAAUCCCCCAGACUGUGUAGUCACUAGUAAAUGGGGAGAUAUGUCGCUGGUGGUUUUGAACAACAUCCAUGCACUGCAGACUGCAAGGAGGUCAUACUGGGUCAGAAUCUGGCCGCUUUAUGCUAGCAAACACCAUUUCAAGGUACUUUGGGUUAGGGGCGUAGCCAGGAUUUUUGUUGGGGCGGGCAGGCUUUUUGUUUGGGGGGGGGGGAAAGAACCUCAGUUUGGUAUGUAUUUUUAUUGAUUUUUAUUGAUUUAGGCAGCUUCCACUCCCUACCCCCAUUUGGCUAUGCCCAUGCUUUGGGUGACGCCUCUGUGAAAAGUUCUGCGGAAGCAGAUGGCAGCUAAGGGUAGCAUUCCAUGAAGGCGCCCCGUAUCCCGUGGCAGGAGUAAACGUACAUUAAGAAAAAUAGUUACAGGUAGGUAGCCAUGUUGGUCUGACGCAGUCAAAAUAAAAAUAAAAUAUCCUUCCAGUAGCACCUUAGAGACCAACCAAGUUUGUCAUAGGUAUGAGCUUUCGUGUGCAUGCACACUUCUUCUUCUCUAAGGUGCUACUGGAAGGAUUUUUAUUUUUAUUAAGAAAAAUGAUCACAUAAAAUAUAGUCUUAGCAUAGGAGUUUCUGGCUUAUCCUGGGUGAGAUGAAAUGUUGCUUUUUUGCAAUUAGUGGGAAGUCAAAACUAAAAUGAAGCUUCCAACACAACACCUAGGCCACAUUCACAACAUACAUUUAAAGCUCUACGAUACCACUUCAAAUGCUCAUGGCUUCCCCAAAGAAUUCUGGGAGCUGUAGUUCAUUAAAAGUGCUGAGAGUUGUCAGGAGACCCCUAUUCCUCCCCCAAAGCCACGAUUUCCAGAAUGUUUUAACCAGAACUAUUUUUCUAGGAAAAGAGGUGCCGGAGCUCACCUUGUUUUCUUGUAUGGCACCCACCUUAGAGGUGCCGGAACAGGGUUCCAGUAAGUUCCAGCUGAAAAAAAGCCCUGGUUUGAACAACCAAUCCCUCCUCACAGGGAACUUUGGGAAUUGUAGUCCUGUGAGGGCAAUAGUGGCAUCCUAACAAUUCUCGGCGACCUUCACAAACUAUAGUUCCCAGAAUUCCUUUUUUGGGGGGGGGAGGGAAUCCAGGAGUGUUUAAAGUGGUAUCAUAGCACUAAAUGUUGGGAAUGUGCCCUUGAUGCAGUACACUGAGAUCCUUCUGGGAUGGCAAGGAGCCCCUACAGCAUUAAUUAAAAGCUUCCUCUUUGUAAUUUAAUGCUUCCUGUUCUGCAUGCCUUGGGGAUUAUUUCACUACAAAAGAAAGAAAGAAAGGAGUGUUGGACUAGGACCAGGGAGAUCCAAGUUCAGAGCAUUCAGCUGUGAAGCUCAAAAGAUGACCUUGGGCCAGUCACCCUUAGCCUAACCUACAUUACAAGUUUGCUGGAAGGAUAAAAUGGAUAUAUGAAUGAAAUAAGGUGUUAGCUGCCCUGAACAAGAAGCAAUAAAGUGGGCCAAAUCUGCUAAGAGCCACACUUUUCAUGACAGGCACGGUUGCCCUCAAAAGCCUCCAUAGUGCCUAGCCAUGCCACACAGUGCUUCAGUUGCAUUUUAUAGCAAUAAUGGUAGUUACGUUUGCCAUAAAACGCAGUUUAAGGGGUCUGGUGUUAGUGUAAUAUUUUGUCAGUAUGGUGUUGUAAUGUCUUAUUGCAGCUAUUCUCGAUAUUUGGAAAGGCAGCUCUUCACUUGGGAGGAGAAAGCAAGCCAGGAUGGUUGCCACCGCUCUCCUGAGGCUCAGACCCCAAGACGCAGAGGAAGGGGUUUAGAAGCUCAAGGCUCAAGGGGUGGAGUCUGGUUUUUGAGAGAAUGGAGUCUAACGGAGCACCUGUAGGUUCUGGGGAGGAGACUACCUGGGCGUGAUGAGUCAGUGGAGCCUCGUGGACAUGAGAGUGCAGCUAAAGGCAAACAUUUUGUACCCAAGCCAUAAAUUGCCUUUCCACGUGAUUCAGUCCCUUCUGAUAGUCUACUCCAUCUCCUGGAGGCUCUUAAGGCGAGAACCCUGCAGUUUCAGAAACGUCAAACUCUGAGACACUGCAGCUGUACAAACUGAGAAGAGUGGUGGUGGUUUUUUCCCCCAUGAGGCCACAAAUCUACCCUAAAAGAUCCAGUUACAAACUAACAUCAGAGUUACCAAGUCAGAGAAUUUCGUAACGCAGAGCAAUAUCACCACAAUCAAGACAUGCCUAAAAAUCUGCCAGGCUACGUAACUCUAAUCUAGUGGUCAAAGAGACAUAUACUGUAAUUGCAGCCGUUCCUUUACAAAAUGGUGAACAGAGCGCUUGUUUGCAAGAGAUUUAUGUUGGUUCUCCAAGGUUUGUCACCCAUCUGGUCCUGAAGUCUCUGGACACAAGUCUUUAUUAUGCUUUGGUUUAUCCAACAUCCUUUUUGACAGGAAGGUCUUAAACCCAAGCCAGGAAAGGGGGCAGAAAAACUAAUUUUGGUAUGGAAUUCCUCGCACACUCCAAAAUGGAGCAUUUAUUGCACAAAUAGCUAUAAAUACACUUUACCAAAAGUUUAAGAACAAAGAAAGAAUAGGGAUCUCUUGAUAUAUAUACCGGUAGAUCUAGAUCCCUUAUACAGUAUGUGCAUCUCUCAUGUAUGUAUAUAUCCAUAUGUCUGUUUGAUUUAUCUAUUCCCUAUCUUAUCUAUCCAUCCGUCCAGUUUUUCUCUAAAAGCUUGUUGUGGUCUGGUCUGGGCCACUUAAAAUAGCAACCAAGUCUGCACCACAAACUUAGGUUUAAUACCACUUUAGCCGUCAUGCCUUCCUGCAGAGAACCCAAGGAAUUUUGGGUUGAUGUGGGCCUUCAGAAUUUCCUGUUUAAGAAGAUCUACAAGUGAGACUGGGAAUAAAGGGUUCUAUUCAGCUAAGUUCUACUCAGAGUAGGUCCAUUUAAAUUAAUGGAUCCAUGUUAGUCAUGUCCAUUAAUUUCAGUGGGUAUACUCUUAGCGUGACUUGCGUGGAUUCAACCCAAAAUGUUGCUGUGUGAGCACUCCUGUUCACUAUGCCAGCCAGCCAAGCUAUACCUUCCUCCAUUCCAUUCCCCGUCCAUGUUUUCUGCACGCCCUCUCAAAAGAAAAAACAACUCUCCAUGGUCACACUCAGUCCUCACUGGACUGUUUUUGGGAUCCCAGUCCUUUAGGGUACAUAAGCAAUAGCACUCGUGUCAUGACUGAACGCUGGGAAUAUUAGAAUUGUGUGUCUGCACCACCAUAGAAUUGUAGCUUCCUGGGAAGAAAUUGACUAUUAAGGCAGUUUAAGUCUAUAGUUCAGCCUUCCCCACCACCUGAUAACUUCCAGAUCUUUUCGACUCCAGCUCCCACCAGCCCCAACCAACACAGCAUUUUGUUUUAACUGUGCUUACUCCUUUGUAAUGUGCAUUUAGGACUGCGGUCCAAAUGAACUACCAUUUCUUUAACCAGCUGACAAACUGCAACAGCACCCCAGCAAGGUAGUCGAAAACUGAUAAACUGCAAUAUGUCCAGGGACCCCAAGCUCAGUGAGCUUUGAAGUUGAAUAGGGUUUUGAGUGAACCAUGGGUGGUCAAACUCCAAACAGUCAAGUUGCUAGACAUCUUGAUCUACCUCAGAGCAAUACAGGGAAUUCAGGUGGCCCAACCCCUCUUUUGUUUUAAUUGUUCUCCACCAGCAGAGGCUGUGCCCAAAUUUCGUGCCCACUGCCUCAAUCCCGAAGAGGAUGCAUUUAUUCUGCACCCAUAAGGAUAAGGCACUUCCGAAGUGAAUUUAUAUGACUCUCUUUUACGUCCUUUUACAUGUAUUAUUAUGAUUUCUUGAUUGUCUUUUUUUUUAAAUAAAAGAAAAAGAAAGAAUUUUAGGAAAAGGCUAUGUCACCUGCUUCUAGGACCCUUGAGGUCCUUGUAUAAUCUGUAAAUGUGUAUAUAAAAUCCCUAGCAAUGGAUGCCUGUGAAUGUGUGUUUGUGUGUGUGUAUAGAUAUAUAUAGAGAAAUAUUAUGCAAGUGUCUGUCUGUGUAUAGGAAGGGACUUUGGGGCGCUCUUACAUGCACUUCUGCUGUUGUAAAUAAAUUGCACCUUUGGCACCCCAGGA